AUGACGCUGCGGACGACACGCUCGGCGCUCAACUCGCGCGUGUCCUUGAUCACGACGGACGCAAAGCCCGAUGUCGAGGAGCCCGAGUCACCGCCCCGACGACGGAGCACGCGCUCGGCGGCUCGUCUGAAUCUCGCCCAGUACGCCUACAAGGGCAGGGAGUCGCCUAGGAAGCGCGCCAGGGUGGAACCAGCUAAGGGGGAGCCAGAGUCGGAAGAUGAGGUGUUGACGGAUCUGGACGAGCCGUUGAAUGAAGUCAAGGGUGAGGUCAAGGACGAGGCAGGGCCGUCGACCCCGAGGAAGGCGAAAUCCGCACCAAAGAGCAAGUCUGGCACGCCCAAGAUGCCGAUGGCGAAGCGGGAGAAGGCCCAUCCGGAACCGGCGAAAUGGUAUGAACAGUACCAGCUCAUUGAGCGGAUGCGCGCAGGAAUAAGUGCGCCGGUGGAUACGAUGGGCUGCGAACGGCCGGCGACGAUGGAGAACUUGGACCCAAAGACGAAGGAUGCCGUGACCUCUGCCGCAGUGACGAAUCUGCACCUAGCACUCCCUGGUGGGCUGACGGCCGAGACGCUGGCCGCAGCGGACGAGAAGACCGUUUCCGAGGCAAUCAACAAGGUCGGUUUCUGGCGCCGCAAGACGGAAUACAUCCAGGACGCCGCGCGGGCUCUAUUGGAGAAGUGGGACGGGGAUGUGCCCCAGUCCAUCGAGGAACUGUGCACGCUGAAGGGCGUCGGGCCGAAGAUGGGCUUCCUCGCGCUGCAAGCGGCGUGGAACAUAGGAGACGCGCGUCAACCUCGAGUCGUGGCUGCCGCCGCCGCUGCAUCGGCCGAUCAACCCGUUGCUGGUUGGGUUUGGACAGGUGAGGGUCAAGAGAAGAGCGAGUGCACUGUCCCCCUGCCUUCUACUUUGUACUACUUUCUACGAGUCAUCUGCCUCCCUAUCGGGCCACGAUGCGACAUCUGUCUCCUGGCCAAGGAGAAGCUGUGUCCGUCCCGGACAAAGGUGGACGGGAGCAAGCGCAAAGAGGUCAUUUACGACUUUGGCGAGCCCAAGGUCGAGAUUGCGUACGAGGAGGAGACCAAGGUCGAGCCGGGACCCGAGGUCGGCGAGGAGGUGAAGACGGAAGUGAAGACGGAGACGGUAGUGGACCCUCAGACUGAGGAGACUCUCAUGGAGCGUAUCCCGUCCAAAAAGGAGGUAUCCGAACGUGUGGCCGAGGAAGAUGGCGAUGAGGAUGAAGCCGUUGUAGUACAUGCCGAGGAGCAUUCUGGAUGUGAGCAACUGGAAGUGGAUCGCGAAGGGGAUAGCAAACAACGGAAAGUGAGAAGAGGGACCGAGGUGACAGAAGAAGUGGCAGCUACCGUUCACACAGGCCAGACAGAUCGUCUGACAGAUUGCAGUGGCGCCGCCUCCUCUCAUCUCCUCACCGACGGUCCCACCUGUACCACCCAACUCGUGAAACACUUACACCAAGAAAGCAGCCGCAAACUGCACGCCGUACAGGAGACUCCUGACAACAUGAUGGAUGUAAUUCGCCCUGAUGCCUCCGCUGCUUCCGAGGCCUUUCAGAUCCUUCUUCUCUCGUCGGAUAGCAGCCUGCGCAGCGACGCGGCGGUCAAACUCGCGCGCCAAGCGUCGCCACGCCUCAAUCGCCAUGCAGAGGAAGAAGACGCCAAGCACACUGCCGGCAAACAUGCCUUUGGAGGUGACGUGCCACGACUUGGCGAGGAAGCACGAGUCGAUCGUGUUCCAGUUCCAGAGCAUCGAGACUUCUUGUUAGCGACGGGCGAAGCGAGGGAGCGUUGA